CACGUGAGUUUGUGUUGGUCAGAAGAUUGACCCUAGGCUAUGUGAUGACAAACAGCGUGAUUACAUCUUCUAGGUCUUUUUCGUGCUCUAGAAACGUGUAAACUAUAUUUGAAGCCAAGGAGGUCAUUUUUGCGUACCAGGUCUGAAUAGACUGGGGGGUGAAUGAAUGAUGCUGUCAAGACAGCUUACCUGGUUACUAGCUAUGUUACUGUAGCUGACGUAGUUAAUGAUUAACUAGCUAGCUAGAAUUUGAGGAAGCUAACGCCGUUAACUAACUACCGGUUUCUUAGCUAGUUGACAGCACUUGGUGUUAUUGCUAGCAAACGUUAUUUUAUCUAAUCAGAUUAAAAUAAGAAAUGUUCGACAUGUAGUUAUUAACAGUAUGAUCACUAUAAUAAAUGACUUCACUGCACAUGCACUUAACGUUGAUUUGGGAUUAAAUGAAACAUGGAGACGCCAGAGUUACCGCUUGAGAUCAUCACCUACAUUCUGGGUUUUCUCAAAGCCUCAGACCGAAAGGAAGCCUCGCUGGUCUGCAGGAGCUGGUAUGUUGCCAGCCAAGACCACCAAUUCCAGAGAAAUCUCACCUUCAAGUUUCCGGCCUCCAUGUCCUCCCUGGAUCUGAUCCGGGGACUGAGUAGGCAUUCUCGCUGCAGCCUGGUCAUAAGCCACCUGGAUGGCUCCAGCGUGGGCCGGGCCGUGCUGCAGGAGAUAGGGCGUUGCCUGGGCCCUCAGCUGGAGAGCCUCGCCCUACCAGGAAGCAGUGUGACCGAGUCCUCUCUCCUUGCUUUGCUGCCCCAGCUGACAGCCCUGCGCAGGCUUGACCUCCGUGGCCUGGACAGCCUCUUCAUGUCUGGAGCCUUCCUGUCCAAGGAGGAUCAACGUCAUCAGGUGAGGUUGGCUUUAUCAGGUCUUGAAGAGCUGGACCUCUCCGACCUGCGGUACCUAUCAGACCUCACCUUCAAUCGUCUCACAGGUUGCACUCCCAGACUACGGCGUCUGUCCCUGGCUGGCUGCCACAUCGCCUUCGAGUUUGACCCGUACCGCGGCUGCCCAGUGGGGCCCGACUCCUCCGCCCUGCUCUCCCUGCGGAACCUCCGCAGGCUGCUGCAGGAGCAGGCCUCCACAAUGCGUGGACUGGACCUGAGCAGAACCAGCAUCACCCCGGAGUCACUGCGCUCGCUGGCCCAGGUGGAGGGCCUGUUUCUUGAGGAGCUUUGCCUGCGGGGCUGCAAGGAGCUGACGGACUCCUCUGUGGAGGUGCUGUGUAAAUACCAGCCUGGCCUCCAGAUCCUGGACCUCAGUGCCUGCACGGAGCUCUCCAGUCGAGCGGUGCUAGCUGUGGCCACGGGGCUGAGGGGCCUCCGGUGUGUCUCCCUGUCCCGGGACUGGAGGGUGACGGAUAAAGGCCUGGCUGACCUGAUGGGGCUGCCGGAGCUGAGGACCCUGGAUGUGUCGGAGUGCCUUCACGUCAGUGGGGCUGAGGUGGUGAAAGGGCUCUCUGCCCCGGAGCCCAGAGCACGGCUGGAGACCCUCAGCUUCAAGAGCUGCACCUACAUCCAGGACCUGGCUAUGUUCUCUCUAGCUCAGCUGCUGGGCUCCAGUUUACGGGUGCUGGACCUGACGUCCUGCAUCUACCUGACAGACCUGAGCGUGCGUGCCAUCGCUACCUACCUGCCUGGGCUGGUGGUGCUGCGACUGGGCCGGUGCAAGGAGAUAACAGACUGGGGCCUGCUGGGCAUGGUGGAGCCCACCAAGGAGUUUGAGCCCAGCAACCACAUGGAGGACAAGGGGCCCAGCUUCACCCGGACCUUUGGAAACAUGGGUUUCUUCCGGCCUCCCAGCAUGCCCUUCCAGGAGAAGCCUCGGCUGGUGACGGAAGAGGACCUGGGGGUGUUUCGGGAGCAGGAGGGGGCCUCACUGCUGGCCCUCCGGAGCCUCCAGGAGCUCGACCUGUCUGGCUGCUCCAAACUCACCGACAGCAGCAUCACACAGGUGCUGCGUUAUCCGGAGCUGCAGUGCCUGUCUCUCUGCAUGCUGCCGGAGAUCAGUGACGAAAGCCUGGCGUCGGUGGCCUUUCACUGCCGGAGCCUCACCAGCCUGGCUCUCAGCCACUGCCCCCAGAUCAGCGACCAGGGCAUCGCCUGCGCCGCCCCCUACCUCACCAGGCUGCAACACCUCCACCUGUCCUGCUGCGACGCAGUCACAGAUAGGUCUCUCUACCUGCUCAUCCAAUACUGUAAGAGGCUGCGUACGCUGGACAUCUCCAUGUGCAAAGACAUCUCCAUGACAACAGUGGAUCUCCUCCAAUCCCAGCUGCCCUUCCUAGAGAACGUCCACUGCCGCUUUGUGGGUGGAGUCGACCCAAGCCACGUCCUCUGAUGAGGUUGAAUGUCCCAAGAAAUGUGUUCUUGAAUCACAUUUCAGUAAUUGUCUUAUGCAAGUAACCUACUACCCAGAGUUGAUUUAUAACAGAUUUAAUUUAUCGUCGUUUUAACCCUGUGAACCCUGGUAGAUACGCUGGCAGGUUCCAGACCUUAAACAUUUAGAAAGGAAUCAGAGGACCAAUUUCUUAGACCCAAAUAAAGACUAGUCCUUGUUUACAAUCCUGCUUGUGUGCAUUCCAGGACUGGACUGGAUCCGAUCACACCUAUCAGCUAUGCACAACUUCUGCAGUUAAGAUGAUAAUAUUCAUUGCUUACCUUAAAUCCGGUCUGUUGAACAUUGCAUUUAAAAAUGUGCUUAGCUGUCAAUGCCUGUUUGGAUUGCAUCAUUGUCUUGGUCUGUUCCAGCCUCUAUAACAUAGUGUUCUUAACUUGUGUGUAGUAGGGUCUGGGAGAAAAUGUUAAGACUCAUUUAUACCCUGUAUGGACUGAAAGUAUAGCUUAUCCAAUUUAGGACAAGGAUUAAUCGGUGUCUGAGCAACUGACCCUUAGAAUCCUUCUCUUGAUCAGUGUACUCUGUGUGACGAAGGCUGUUCAUAUCAAGGUUCUAGGCUGAUUUGAAUUAAUCUGGUUUUGGAGCGGAGGGACCAAAUCAAUACUGCACAAACCAGAAAUCAAUAGUGCGUUCUGCAAUGGCUAUGCACUAGAAUAAUCUGUAUUAGAGAAAUAUUGAUGGCUAUAUAGCAUGACCAUGUUUGUAAGGUCAAAGUACAUUUGUAUUUACAUUAAAGGCCACAUCCCAAAUGUCUAAAAUCACAGAAACCGCCCAUUCAAACCUGUGAAAACUAUUUUAUUUAUAAAAACGUGAUUUAGAUGGCAUAAUUCUCAAAACUUUUCCGUGCUUGUUUUCUCACUUAAACAGAAAUGGAAUUAACUUGACAUUUUAGCCACCAUGAAAUGAUUGAAGGAAAUUGAGCAUUUUUCAGAUGCACUUGUGUAUAGUAUGCACUCAAUUUCUGGUGAGGUAAUACUGGGGAACAUCUUUCCACUACUACAGCAAAUACAUUUUAGAAAUGAGACAAUCUAUAUAUUGUCCCUUUAACAGGCAAAAUAUAGAAAGACUAUUGUCCAGGCUUCUUUCAAAAUGUAAAUGUACUCUGUCAAUAAAUAUACUCUUGCUUA